AUGUCUUUAUCUUCGGAAGAAAAUUCAAAGUAUUCCAUAAUCAUUGACAGAAUCCUCAAAGAGGGUGAUCUCAGUACUAUCUCCGCCAAACAGAUUCGUAAAGAUCUUCAAGCGGGAUUGGGUUUUGACCUCUCCCACCAAAAGGAUGCUGUGAAAGCUUUAAUCCUGGAACGAUUUGACGAAGUCUCAAAGCACACUCGGGGUGCAUCUGCAUCCCCACCCGCGACCAAUGGACACAUUAAAAACAAAUACGUCAAAGAUGAAGAAUCGCAGAGUCCCUCGCCGAAGCUGGAAAUCGAUGGUUCUGGGGAAGAUGAAAAGCCAAAGGUGAAGCGACAGAAACAGGAUGAUGACGCGAAGCUAGCGGCUCUACUACAAGCACAGGAAAAUAGCAGGACAAGGUCAACCAGAGGGGGUGGGGCUAAGCGAAGUGCGGGCGUUAAGAAGAGCAAGAGUACACCAAAGAAAAAGAAGUCUACCGCAAAGGUCAAGGCGGCAGAUGAUAGUGAUAUGGAAUUAGGUUCAGAUGGUGAGCCCAAAGAGGUCGUCAAAAAGGGCGGAUUCCAUAAGCAAUACCAUCUGUCGACUGCUUUGGCAGAUCUAGUGGGGGAGCCAACAUUAUCACGGCCGCAAGUUGUCAAGAAAAUUUGGCAACAUAUCAAAGGUCACGACCUUCAAGAUCCCAGCGAUAAACGUCAAAUUAUAUGCGAUGAUAAAAUGCAAUUGGUUUUCAAGAUAGAGAAAGUUCAUAUGUUUACCAUGAAUAAGCUUCUUGGAAAACAGUUGUACCCAAUUGAGGAAGAAUAG